UACACACAGAAGCAGAAGAAGCAGCAGAAGCUAGCUAGCUAAAGAGGGGUUCAUUUAAGUUGUUUUGUUUGUUGCACACUAUUAUAUCUGCUGGGCUGCACCCUGCAGGAAUUCAUUCUUCCUGUUGUUUACUGUGGUUAUAAAUCACUGAAGAGUGCAAAGUCCAAAGAGUGAUGUUGUCAUUGGUCGUCAGGUCAGCUCUCACCAAAUACAGGAGGUCCCGGCUGCCCAGUCAGGUUGUGGUCAGGGCCAUGUCGUCCUCCGGUGGCGCCGACUCUCCUUACAGCACCCUGGCCAUCAGUCACCCAGCAGAGUCCGUCACACAUGUAGAGCUGAACCGCCCGGAGAAACGCAACGCCAUGAACAGAGCUUUCUGGAGUGAGAUGGUGGAUUGCUUUAAUAAGAUCGCUGGGGACCCGGACUGCAGAGUGGUGGUGUUUUCUGGAGCUGGGAAGAUCUUCACAGCUGGUAUUGACCUGAUGGACAUGGCCAGCGACGUCCUCCAGCCAGAGGGCGACGACACGGCCAGAAUUUCCUGGAACUUGAGAAAAAUAGUCACCAAAUAUCAGGAGACGUUCACCGUCAUAGAGAAGUGUCCAAAGCCUGUAGUGGUGGCUGUCCACGGAGCCUGUGUUGGGGGAGGUGUUGAUCUGAUCACAGCCUGUGACAUCCGUCUGUGCACCCAGGACGCCUGGUUCCAGAUAAAGGAAGUUGAUAUUGGACUUGCAGCAGACGUUGGAACUCUCCAGAGACUUCCUAAAGUCAUCGGCAGCCGCAGCCUGGUGAACGAGUUGGCUCUGACCGCCAGGAAGAUGUACGCCGAUGAAGCCAAGAGCAGCGGACUGGUCAGCCGAGUGUUUGCCGAUAAGGAGGCCAUGAUGGCGGCAGCUCUGGAGAUGGCCGGAGAGAUCGCCGGCCGCAGCCCUGUAGCUGUGCAGGGCACCAAAAUCAACCUGGUCUACUCCAGAGACCACAGCGUCGUAGAAGGACUGAACUACAUGGCCACCUGGAACAUGAGCAUGCUUCAGACUCAAGAUGUGAUGAAAUCAGCUGCGGCCGCCAUGGAGAAGAAGAGUCCCAAGACGAUCGCGUUCUCCAAACUCUAAACCGCACCGAGACAAAGUUCAGAUACUGCAUAUAUAUAUUAUAUAUAUAUAUGUAUAUAUAUAAUGUAUAUAACACCAGAGCUUCUGUUUUAUUCCCCCAAUGUGGCCUUUCUGUGGGACGGGAACAUUUCUAAAACGAACUAAUCAGUAAUCUGUGGCCAUUUGAGGAUGAUGUAAUGAGACUUUAAGUGAUGGAGGCUGUUGGUCUGUAUUCAUACUUGCCAACCCUCCUGUAUUCCCAGGAGACUCCCGUUUUUCAUCGCCUUCUCCCAGUUUCCUCGCGGGGUCACAUUUCUCCCGAUUUGUGGCAGUUUUUCACACCUUUUUUUUCGUUAUCUCAACCUGUUUCUGGCGCUGUGUAUGUCUGUAUUAUUGUUUGGGUGGAAACAGUAUUUUGAUAAUGGGAUGCUAUACUUUCCAUCUAAAACUAAGGAAUUCAAAUUCAUCUAUGUGUGUGAUCAGAAUCAUAAGUUGGUUAACGUUAACUUCUUUGACUUUCUCAGCUCGUCCAUCGCUGUAAAAACAGUAACAGCUAGUUUUUAAAUUCUCUAAUCGACUUCAUGAAUGUUUUAUCUUAUUAAAGAAACUCAUCAGGAA